AGACCAAUGAGGGCCUCUUGGCACAAAGCGUUGAGCUCGCAGGCACACAUGCCUUCACCCUAUAGACACACGCCUUUAACCCAGCGCGUGCAGACUAGAACACUCAGGCUGUAUUUCAUGCGGAAUAAAUCGUGCAUCCAGACGUUAUUUGAACCCUUCAAACCUUGCUGGAUUAAUUGGGCUUUGAUCCAUUUCCCGUUGAGAUGCAAAGCAAGUGUAUGCUACACGUUUUUUUCGUCUUAUCGUUGUACAUUUUAUCCAAAGCGCAUUAUGUGAUCGGGUCAGGUCCCUCCUGCGUCAGAUCGAGUCCCGCAGGACUCGGUCAGACGCGCAUCACGUUCCUGCGGGAGGACGCGACCGGUGUGCGCUCCUUGUACGUCAGUCUGUGGUCUGAGGACACGCGACAGGUUACAUGCCAGGUGAACACCAAUCCAAUUGUCACGGACAGAUACUUCAGUAUUUGCGACAGAAGCAGCACCCAGAGCCGAGAGGUCCUCCAGAGGUUUAACACCAGCAUGCUGUUAUCCCCGGAUUCACCGUGCACAUCGGCCUCCUCCAGUGUGCCGAAGUUUAUCAAGCGCACCAGAAGACAUGUGGCGAAGGGGAAAGUAGUUCGGAGGAAACGGGCCUGGAUAUUCCCGGGGACGUUGUGGUGCGGCACCGGCAGCAUGGCGGAUGAAUACGAACAGUUAGGGAUGUUUGAGAGUGCAGAUAGAUGCUGCCGGGAGCACGACCACUGCCUGCACGUCAUCCCGGCGUUCACUGGCAAUUAUGGAGUCUUCAACUCCAACUUUUUCACCGUCUCACACUGUGACUGUGAUCAAAGGUUUCGACAGUGCCUUCUUGGUGUGAAUGAUACCAUUUCCAGCAUGGUGGGCUACAGCUUCUUCAACAUCCUGCAGGUUCCCUGCUUUGACCUCACACAGCAGAGGCGAUGCACAGAGUGGUACUGGUGGGGAAUGUGUAAAGUGGCCAAUAUGGCUCCAAGUGCUGUUAUGAAAAGACCUGCCCCUUACGCUGAUGUCACAAGCAACAAUAACGCCACUGACAGCAACAUGGUGGCAAAUAGCAAGGAGAAGCUUAUAACCGAAAGCUUUGUGAUCAACCCAGUCAAAAAGUUACCCAAAAGUGAACGUAGAUGUAAAUCCAGACAGCGACCCAGAGGAAAAUCUUUCUACCGAAUGAAGGGGGAAGGAUGUAAAAGACAACAAAAAAUGGAUACAACAACACCAUCCCAAAAGCCCUCGGUGUCGAGGGCGUCCACCACUAGUCUAUCAAUGAAAGUCAGUCUCUUAAAUGAAACCAAAAGCACUGCAGCGAUGCCAAUUAAAAAAAGACUUGGAAAAAAGAAGAGCAACAGGAAGGGUCUGUCGGAUUACGUCACACUGAGAAGCCAAAUCCCACCUCAGGCAAUCACAAGCUCGUAUAAAAGAACAGCAUCUACAACUCAAAGUCCCCCGUCUGCCACAGCCACACCAGCAGUGAGGAAAAGUCCCCAAAAAGUUCCAAAACAACGUCGUUGUUGUGGACUACGGACGUCUCUCAGAGGUGACACUUUUCAACCUCGUUGUAAAAGUUGUCCAGAACAAAAAGCAGCAUCUGGCAUGACAGAUGUUACACACUCAACAACUACGUACGUAGUGCCAGUCAAAACGUCAACAAAUACGACGCGGAUCCUCACACAGACAGAAACACCCCGACAAGACAAAACAAAAAAACUCUGGAGUACGGCUACUUCUGCAACCUCCAUUCUUAAGGAAGUCAAGCCACAAAAGCAGAUGGAUUCCCCUCUACAGCAGAAUGAUACAAGCCAGGAGCCCACAGGUACAAAUGCAAGAAGAAGCCUGAAGCAAAACGUUGCAUCACAGAAUAUGACAGACCAUCAAGUCCUGUGUGGAAGCCUCAAACAUCUGGAUGAAUGUAAAUACAGCAUCCUUCCUUUGAAGAACAAGUAUAAUCUACAGAACAUGGAGUCAAAGACUGCAUACCACUGUGAUUGCACCAGCCGCUUGGCUGUUCGGAUUGAAAGCUUCAAUCAACCCAGUAUUCUCCCCAGGCUGCUAAUGGAUUUUGUAUCUCAAUCCUGCUUUAAUCUGCCUAACGAGAAGAAAUGCCACCGCCGCAAAAGCUGUUCUGGAGGCUUCUCCAAAGCCUCUGACCUACUUCAAGCACUUAGCAUGAUGGAGGAAAGAGACACUACCGGGGUGCAAAACUCAGCCAAUGACAGAAAUAGAGGGAUUCCUACUCGUCUUUAUAAGCGUUGCCUGAGGCUGGUAAGGGAAGCUGAUGUUGGGGCACAGCUCACACAACUUUAGACUAAGCGUCUAUUAAUAGCAACAAUGGAUUUGUUAAGCUUUACAUUUCACAGCUUUUUCAGUUUCUUUGUUAAAUAAUAGUGGUUAUAAAAAAACAUUCAAGGACUUAAACACUUUAACAAAUGCCAUGCAUGUACAUUUUUUACAGUAUUUAUAAAGCACUGCAAUAAAAAAUGAGAACCAUCUGACUUU